AUGGCAGUUUACCAUAAAGCCAUCGUAAAGUCUGUACUCUCGGGUGAUACUGUAGCUCUUCGCGGUAAACCAAAAGGCAAUCAACCGCCACCAGAACGCCAACUAAAUCUCGCGUAUGUUGAAGCACCACGUUUACGCUUGGGACAAAAUUCAAAGACUGACGAUGAGCCAUUCGCAUUUGAGUCUCGUGAAUUUUUGCGUAAACUGUUGGUCGGUAAAGAAGUAUCGUUUUGCGUUGCGUACACGACCCCAAACUCUCGUGAGUUUGGAAGUAUCUUUAUUAAUAACGAGAACGUAACAUUCCAAGCUCUGCGUGAAGGUUGGGUAAAAGUUAGAGAACGAAAAACUAAAGAUGACGGGGAUGAAUUGGCACCUUUAUUGUCUUUAGAACAGUCGGCUAAAGAAGCUGCAAAGGGAAUAUGGGGAGAUAAGGGAAAUGCUACACGUACUGUUAAUUAUGCUUUACCAGGAGACCCCUCGGAAUUUUUACAUAAAUAUCGAGGCACUUCUAUUGAUGGCAUAGUUGAACAAAUACGCGAUGCUUCCACUCUACGCGUUUUGUUAUUGUUACCACCACCUGAACCACAACAAUAUAUUACCUUAAUGAUCUCUGGGAUUAAAGCUCCGACAGUAAGAAAAGGAAUUCCAGAAGCAGAAGAUUUAGUCGAACCAUUUGGUGAAGAAGCUAAAUUUUUCGUAGAAUCAAAAUUAUUACAACGCAAUGUCAAAGUUGUGUUGGAAGGACAAUCGAGUAAUAAUCAAGCACUAAUUGGUUCGGUAUUACAUCCGGCAGGCAAUAUCGCUGAAGCUUUAGUUUCAGUUGGAUUAGCAAAAGUAGUUGAUUGGAGUAUCACGCUUGUCACCGAUGGUCCAGUGAAAUUAAGAGCUGCCGAGAAAUUAGCCAAAGAAAAACGAUUACGUAUUUGGCAAGAUCACGUGGCUAGAAUCAAGGCAGGCGGUGAAGAUCAUGAAUUCAGCGGCACCGUUACCAAAAUUAUUUCCGGUGAUACACUUCAAAUUAGAGUAAAUCGUAGCGGCGUUGAGAAAAAAUUACAACUUUCAAGUAUACGACAGCCGAAACCUAAAGAUCCAAAACUGCCUGAAUAUAAUUUUGAAGCUAAAGAAUUACUUCGUAAACGAUUAAUUGGAAAAACAGUUAAUGUUACUAUUGAUUAUGAAAAACCUGCACAGGACAAUUUUGAAGCACGUGAAUGCGCUACUGUAAAACUUGGCGAAACAAAUAUUGCUGAAGCACUCGUUGAACGUGGUCUAGCACAUGUUAUACGACACAAGAAAGAUGAUGAAGAUCGAUCUAGUGCUUACGAUCAAUUACUAAUUGCCGAACAGAAAGCGAUCAAAAAUGGAAAAGGUAUUCAUAGUGGAAAAGAACCUCCUGUUUAUCGAAUUGGUGACGCUUCGGAAAACUCGGGUAAAGCGCGCCAAUUCCUUCAUUCACUACAACGUAGUGGUC